AGGGGAUUGGACAGAGAUCUGAGAGAAGGGGACGGGAGGUGACUCUUCCCAAGAAGGAAGCACGGCUUAUCCUCCACCUGGACCCACAGAUGGGCAUUUGCCAAUAUAGACUGGGAAGAGGGAACGUUUGCCAGUGCAGCCCCCUGGGAGGGGCACGACCUCCUGGUGACCAUGCUCAGUGCCAGAGCUGGGGCCUGAGAGCUCAGAGGGUGGCCCACUGGUGCCCACAGCCGGGCACUAGCCGGCCUCUCCCGCCCCAGCCUGCACCCCUGCAGGUGGAGGGGGUGCCACACGGCCAGGCACUAGCCCUCUCCUGCCCCAGCCCGUACCCCUGCAGGUGGUGGGGUGCCACACGGCUGGGCACUAGCCGGCCUCUCCCAUCCCAGCCCGCACCCCUGCAGGUGGACGGGGUGCCACACGGCCAGGCACUAGCCCUCUCCUGCCCCAGCCCGUACCCCUGCAGGUGGUGGGGUGCCACACGACUGGGCACUAGCCAGCCUCUCCCGCCCUGGCCCGCACCCCUGCAGGUGGAGGGGCGCUGGCUCACUCUGCAGCUGUCAGCCAGCCACGCAAACCUGGUCUCUCCGGCCGACCCUCUGAGGCUUGCUCUCCACUCCAUCCAGACCAGGCACGGUGGGGACGUGGACUUCGUGCUGUUCUGGAAGGGAGAAGGGGUGUGUAAAGAAGCAAACAUCACCGUCCAUCCAACCCAGUUGCAAGGCCAGUACCAAGGCUCCUUUGAGGGUGGCAGCAUGCACGUACGCUUCGUCAGCACCGACUACAGCAACCUCGUUCUUUACGUGCGCUUUGAGGAUGACGAGAUCACCAGCCUGUGGGUGCUGCUGGCCAGAAGAAUGCAGGAGGACCCCAAAUGGGUGGGAAGAUACUUGGAGUACGUGGAGAAAUUCCACCUACAGAAAGUCCCGGUCUUCAACAUAGAUGGCCCUUGUCCCCCACCCCGAGCCUAGGUCUGGUGGCUCCGGAGUCUUCCUGCCUGGGCUCCUUACCCCUCUGUUGCCCUCAGCCCCCCUUCCACCUCCUUCACCUUGGUUUGUGGCCUAGACUCUGCCCCAGUUCCCUGCUGGAAGUCCUUUUGCAUCUCAGGGACCCAAGGAAGCUCCCCAGCCUGGGGCCCAACCCUGCCUGUCUCCUGGUCCCCUCCCCUGCUGGGAAGGCCUCUUCCUUCUGUGGGUCUCCAGGUCCUACCAACCACCUGUCAACCAACAGCCGAGGGCCAACAGCAUGCCCCAGCCUGGUCUGUGGGCUUGGAGCACACACAGGGUGGUGAGGAGGGGGCAUAUGGCCCCCUGAGCUCCUACCCACAGCGCCAGAUGCCUCCAAAACAUAUACAAUGAGUGGAACACUAUAGCCCCAGGCGCCUCCGAGGCACCCCCCCGAGAGCUGCUGGGGUGGCCCCCAAGUGUCCUUCAGGAACUUGACCCCACGGAGGCUGUUCUCAGAUUCCAGCUCCUCUCCACUCUGACCCGCCUCACCUGGGUCUGCUGGGGACCCUCUAGAGAGGCGGCGUCCAUGCUCCGUGAGCAAACACAUAUGUCUCUACCGAGGUCCGAGAACCCUGAGUGAGCCCAGCUCCAGACCCUGCUCCCCGUAGGAGUCCAGCAGGGCCGCCAGGUAAACAAGGACGGCUCUACCUGUGUGGCAGGUGAGACCAGCCAACGCCCACUCCUCCGGGCCCAGGAUUCUGAAGGGCAGCACCCGCUUCUGCUCCCGGCGAGCCAGGGCCGCCCAUCGGCAGGGCAGGCUCUGAGGAAAUUGGGUCAAGGACUUGAUACUUGUCGUCUGGAACUCCCAAGACAGGUAUGGCCAGAGGCUGCCCCGAAAACGCCUCCAUUGAGGCCUUCUCCGCCUUCUCCCCCUUCUCCCCCUUCUCCCCCACGUGGGAUAAACACAACGGAAUGAAACCCAGAGCUGGUGGUGAAGCUGAUGAUGAAGCCCCACAGUUCUCCUGAAAAUCAACAAGUCCGGCUGGAAAAACACAAGGAAAAACGACACUCACAAAGCACACAUGUAACAAGAGGUUUAUGGAAUUUGUAAGAUCAUAAAAAAUAGCUUUUUCUGGGGCCCUAAAAUGACCGGGAUAAAUAGCGACGCGAGAGUGCUGCGUCUCUCUCAGCAUCGUUGAGUUGGUAACCUCAGGUUCACCCACACACUUCAGCAAUUCCAUUAUUCUUCCAGUGGGAUUUUUCCCCAAACUGCAGAUCUGUAUCUAAAAUUUACAUGAAGGAAUAAAAGUUUGGAAACAUUUUUAAAAGAAGCAUCAUGCAGAUGGCUGUACCAUUCUAUCCUAAUAUCAAACAGCAGUGAUGAGAAGCGUGUGACAUUAGCUCAGGGCAAAAGAACAGCAAGAAACUGGGUAUCGAGUCAAGGAAUGAACCCGAAUGUAUACAACAACUUCAGAGAUGGUACAAAUGGCCUGUCCUAAAAAAGCAUUAUUUAUUCAAUAAAUAGUGUUGAGGGAAAUGGGCAAGACAGAUUGGGGGAAAUAAGAUUGGCUAUCUCACCUACACAUUAUCUUAAAAUUCGUUCCUGAUCAAUUCUGAAUAAAAGGAAGGAAAUCUUGAAA